AUGGACAUCGAUCCAGCCAGGCGCAACAAGAAGCCGCGUCUUCUUCUGGAGACAGAGCGUGAAAAGCUUGAUGAAUUUGUGGACUCUAUCCACUACUCGGCCAGAUACAACGACGAUAAAUUCGAAUACCGCCAUGUGCAACUCCCGAAGAACAUGCUUAAGAAAAUCCCCACUGACUACUUCGACAGUUCCAAGGGAACUUUGAAGUUGCUCUGGGAGGAGGAAUGGAGGGCUUUGGGUAUCACGCAGAGCUUGGGAUGGGAACAUUAUGAGGUGCAUGAGCCGGAACCUCACAUCUUACUAUUCAAGCGUCCUCUUAACUACCAACCCCCUCUGCAACAAUAA